AUGGCAUCCCUGCUACACCCGCUGCUACGCCUCACCAACUUCCGCUCCCCGCUGCUGCGCGUCCUGGUCCCCUCCGUCGCCGCCGCCUUCGCCCUGCAGGCCGCCGCGGCCGCGCCCUCGGUCCUGGGCCAGACGGAGCGCUUCUACGACAUAUCCGGCUCGGCCACCGUGCUCGCCGUCGGCGCCCUCAGCCUGUACCUGCCGGCCCUGCGCGCCCGCGCCGCCGGCCAAAUCACCCGCCUGCCGAGCCUGCUGGCGGCCCUGCGCCCGGGGGGCGGUGCUGCGGCGGGUGAGGCCGCCGCCGCCGCGUUGAACUGGAGGCAGGUGGUCGUCACGGGCAUGGCCAUGAUUUGGACGCUUCGACUCGGCUCCUACCUCUUCCGCCGCGUCCUCUCCGACGGCAGCGACUCGCGCUUCGACAAGUUCCGCACCCGGCCCCUCGCCUUUGCCGGCUGCUUCAUGGCCCAGGCCGUCUGGGUCUCGCUCAUGCUGGCCCCCGUCUUGGCCCUCAACGCCGCCCCGGCCGCCGCCCUGCCCGCCGGCCUGGGCGUCGCCGACGUCCUCGGCAUCGGCCUGUGGGUCGCCGGCCUGGGCUUCGAGGCCACCGCGGAUGCGCAGAAGAGCAAGUGGGCACGCGAGAAGCGCCUCAAGCUGCACGACGAGGAUUUCCUGACGAGCGGGCUCUUUGGCGUCAGCCGCUUCCCGCACUACUUUGGUGAAAUCACCCUGUGGACCGGGCUGGCUACCGUUGCCGCCGCCGCCCUCGCGCGUGGCCCCGUCCAGCUCGGCCUCGGCCUGGGUGGCGGUCUUGCCGGCGUGCUGACCACGACGGCCCUCUCGUUUGCCAGCCCGGCCUUUUCCGCCUUCUUGCUCACAAAGGUGUCGGGCAUCCCCCUGAGCGAGGGCAAGUACGACAAGCGCUACGGGGGCCGCAAGGACUACGAGGAGUGGAAGCGCAACACGCCCCGGCUGGUGCCCAAGCUGUGGUGA